UGAACCUCCUUGGUAUACAUUCUAUCGCGUUUGCAGCUCUAGUGAUCCAAGAAUACAAUCAGAGCUAGGCAAAUACCUCUGCGUCCCAUCUAGCUCCAGCGAUACGAGACCAUGCGGGUGCUCGGAAUCUUGAAAUACGAGUAUUUUCCGCACCACCCAUGCCGCAGCAAUAUCGCCCGCUCUUGGUCAUCCGCGAUGCUUGUUGUCAAUGCUUAGCAUUAUCCCUACCGGGAUGGUAGAAAAUUGCCAUAUGUCACACUAGGAAGGUCCUCAGAUGGCACCGUAUUGGAGGUGAUGACGGUCGAGGGUCGACGCUCGCCAUGAUUCAUUGCAUCAUGCUGUCUUUGCAUUUUUCAUCUCGUCUCGCGCGCUCAUAAGUCUGCGAUACUCUGCUGAUUUGCUCUCGUAUGUAAUCGAAACAUCAACUCUUCCUCUUUCAUUUCAAUUCAUUGUUGGCUGCAUCAUGAGAUUGGGCUCAACUCUUAUCUCGAGCGCGACCUUUCUGGGCGCCUUUGCUCGGUCGGCGGCACAAGACAAUGCUGCACAUGAGAGUGUUGUAGAGCUUCCAGACGGCUGGAAGUCUGUUGGUGAAGCCGAUGGUUCCCUACCGCUAACGCUGUCAGUCGCUCUAAAGCAGCCUCGCAUGUCGGAGCUGGAAGCACAUCUCCAAAACCUAAGCGAUUCAUCGCAUGCAAAGUAUGGUGCACAUUUAUCUCGGGACGAAAUAAGCAACUUUCAGCAGCCAGACCAAGACGGUCUUGACGCUGUGCGUUCAUGGCUCAAUGCCAACGGAGUACCAUUCUCAGUUGAAGGGUCGUGGCUACGAAUCAACACUACCGUUGACACAGCGAGCAACCUCAUCGACGCUGAUUUCGGUCGCUACCAAUAUAACGAUGAUAGUCCUGUUCUACGCGCGACAAAGUACAGCCUCCCCAGCGAGGUAGCGGACUACGUUGACUUUGUCUACCCCGUCACCCAAUUCAUCCGCAAGCCUUCCAAGAAAGCGCUUUCAUCAUUAGAAUCACACUACGAGAAGAGACAGGAUUCAUCACCGCAAACCUGCCCAGACGGAAACACAACACCCGACUGCAUCAUGUCCAUCUACAACAUCAACUACCAGAUCCCCGACACCGACUCCCCCGUGACUUUGGGCAUCGCGGGCUUCCUGGAAGAAUACCCUAAUGAGCCCCUCCUACACUCCUUCCUGGAAAACUUUAGCCCCUACCGCAACACAACCGGCUACAACCCCCUCUAUAACUUCACCGUCGCCUCGAUCCAAAACGGCAACGACACCAAGCUCGGCUAUGGCGGCGAAGCCCAACUCGACAUCCAAUACAGCAUGCCCUUCGUCCAGCCCAUGAACGUAACCUACUUCUCUACGGGUGGCCGAGGCCCGUAUCUCGACGAAAACGGCACCGAAGUGCCCCUCGCCACCAGCCCCAACGAGCCAUGGAUCGAGUUCCUGGAAGCACUGCUCGAGCGCGACGAUCUACCUACUGUGCUCUCAAUCUCCUACACCGACGACGAAGCAUGGAUCCCACGCGCCUACGCCAAGCGCGCAUGCGACCUCUUCAUGCAGCUCGGAGCGCGGGGUACAUCCGUCCUCGUAGCCAGCGGCGACGGCGGCUCUGCCGGCACCGGAUCUUCAGAGUGUAAGAACAACAGGUUCCGCCCUACGUUCCCCGUCGACUGUCCGUACGUCACGAGUGUCGGUUCAACGGCUGCCUACUCCCCGCUUAGCGCAGAGUGGUUCAGUGCAGGCGGUUUCAGCGAGUACUUUGACCGCCCUGCGUGGCAGGACGCGGACGCGAAGAAGUAUAUCGCGCAACUAAACGGGUCGCAUGAUGGAUGGUAUGCGCCUGGUGGACGUGGUACACCCGAUCUCUCGGCUAUUGGAACGCGAUUCGUGAUGGAUGAGAGUGGGAUCAAGCAGAAAGGCACGAGUGCGAGUACGCCUGUGGUUGCGGCUAUGAUUGCGCUUGCAAACGACAAGAGGAUGCGGGCUGGGAAGCCGGCGCUGGGCUUCUUGAACCCCUUGCUUUACUCGGAUGAGCUGAGGCAUGUGUUUGUGGAUGUGACCGAGGGUCAGUCGGGUAGUUGUAUUGUUAACCGCACUGCAGAGCCUGGGUGGGAGACGGCUGAGGGAUGGGAUGCGGCGACUGGCCUGGGCACGUUGGAUUUUACUAAGUUUGUUGAGGCUGUUGCUUAGACAGAUUGCAUAAGCAUAUCGUUAUACUUAGUAACAUGGAGGUCCAAGAGAAGAUUUUGUUAGCUCUCUCUAGACAUACACGCAACAAUUACACAAACCAACUAA